CAGUUUUCCCGCCUUCCCGCCCCUCUAUCUCUCUAUCUCUUCAAUUUUUUACUCGUUAGUCGUUCCUGUUGACUCUUCGAGCCUAGAGAUUGAGACACAGCCAGAGAGCAACUCUGUUUAUGUAUGGGUGUUUAAGCUACGAAGUGAGAGCUUCAGAGGGCUGAGAUGUUGAAGAGAUCUACCCUGGUGUGUUCCCAUGGAGCUCAACACACCUAAUAAGAACCACCUCAUCUCCACCUCCCUUUCUCAAUUUGAGGAUUCUCCUGUCUUUAAUUACAUCAACAAUCUCUCCCCCAUUGAGUUAGUCAAGUCUGUGCACAGCGAUCAAACAUUUAACUCUCUAGCUUUUUCAUCCCCUCCAUCGGUGUUUGCUUCCCCUAAGCUUGUUUCCCAAAGAGACACAAGAUCCUUUAUUACAAGGCGUCAAUUAUCAGACCCAUUGAAACCCAGGCCUUCUCAAAUUAGAGAUGACAACAAUACGAGUGAAGGGGUUUCAGAGGCUGUUGAACUAUCCAACUUGUCUGCUGAACAAUUGGGAUGCUUGGCUUCCAGCAGUUCACCUAAAGAUGUUACUGCUGAGCCGCUCAAUGAACACUUGGAAUUAGCAAUUGAACUUCCAGAACCCUUGAAAUGUGAUAGUACUAGCCCAGAUAAAAGCAUUGUGCCUCUUGAUGCAAUUAGGAGAGAUACAGCGCCAGAAGAGGUGGACAAAUCAAAUGAGAGACAUUGUUUGUAUGAGAGUGAAAAAAAUUUGCGUAAAAUCUGUCGAAUUGACCAAAGUGAAGAUGAAGCAGGAGGUGAUUGGGUGACGUUGAUUUCUAAUGUUGCUGAUGCCUUGAACUUUGAAUCAUCCAUCAUUGAAGAACACUCUGAAGAGCACAAACUAAUGGUGGAUCCUGGCACAAUCUCUUUUAUCUCAAAUGUGCUGCAGAUCCCACAAGAUAGUACCAAUGAUUUGGAGAAUGGGGAAUCUAUUGUUUGUGAUGAUUAUUCAGAACAGAAAAUGGGAGAACCAGGAUCUCAGUCAAUAGUAUUAGGAAAAAAGAAGGAAGCCGAUGAAAUACCAGCUAUACUUUCUGGCAGUCUACUGAAUAAGCUAGUUGUUAAUGAUGCGGCAGCAGAAGUGGAUGUAAAGGGGAAAAAGCGUGAAUCCAGCUGCAAGCAGCAGAAUAGAAUACGAAGGUUGGUUUUUGAGAUGGCAGGGGCUCAUAAGAAGGAAUCAGUAUGUCAAGAAAAUAGUACUUCUCCAAUUUCAGGGCAAUCAGAUUGUGAAGUUGGCCACACUGCAAAGUAUUCAACUCCAAGAAUAUCCAUGCUAUCAAGACGAGGUAUUGGUUUGCACUUGAAUGCUUUUGCAACUACUUCAAGUGAUAAUAAAGUUGUCAAGACUGAGACAUCUUCUACAAAGCAAGAAAUGAGUUUGGUCCCCUGUGACAGUGAAGAUCAGGUCACAGAAGAUGCUCCACAAAUAUUGACGGUUGUUAGAGAUGAAGUUGGCAUUAGUAGUCCUAAAAUGAAGAGGCACAAAAUUGAACAUGCUGGAGCAGCCUGCAAGCGCUGCAAUUGUAAGAGGUCAAAAUGCUUGAAGCUUUAUUGUGAAUGUUUUGCUGCUGGACUCUACUGUAUUGAGCCUUGUUCAUGUCAAGAUUGUUUUAACAAGCCUGCUCAUGAAGAAACUGUUCUAGAGACUCGGAAACAGAUUGAAUCUCGCAAUCCUCUCGCAUUUGCUCCAAAAGUUAUUAGAAGCACAGAUUUUGUUUCUGAAUUUGGGGAUGAAACUAACAAAACUCCAGCUUCAGCCAGGCAUAAAAGAGGAUGCAAUUGUAAAAAAUCAAGCUGCUUAAAGAAAUACUGUGAAUGCUUCCAGGGUGGCGUUGGUUGCUCUCCUAACUGUAGAUGUGAAGGGUGUAAAAACACUUUUGGUACCAAGAAUGGACUAGACGAAAACGAACUUGAAGGUGGUGAAUCUGAAGUGCUUGAGAAGAAAGCAUCAGAUGUUACUUUAUGUGAUAGAAUCGAAAGCGGUGAAGAAGAGGGUGCAGAUCUUCCAAUACCUUCUGAAACUGCCAGGUCUUCAAUUCAACUGCCAAUGACUUUUGGUGGGAGGCUCUCAAGAUCUCUACCUGCUUUUGGUGCAUCAUCUCAAAUGUGCCCCAGCCAAAAGCAUGGAAAGGACAUUUUUCGCCAGCCUAAAUUUGAAACUCAUCUUCAGGCGAUUCCAGAAGAAGAAACUCCUGAGAUACUGACUAGCAGUUGCCCACCUGCAAAUGGUGUGAAAUCAGCCUCUCCAAACGGCAAAAGGGUUUCACCUCCUCAUCAAGGUUUUGGUUCAUCAGCUAUUUGGAGGUGCAGCAGAAAGUUGAUUCUAAGAUCUGUCCCACCCUUCCCAUCUCUUAACUCACCACGUCAGCAAUGACUAAAACCUUUGGUAAAACACCAAUACUUAUGAUGCUGAGGCAUGUUGUAUUAUGGGACAAACAUGUAUAAUAGUAACUAUAAGAAUCACCUCUGCCGUUGAGAAAGCUAUUUUCCAUGGCACCAUCAAUAUUCAUGUAAUGUAAGUCUAUUCCAUGUAUCUUUAAUAGUUUGUGUUGAACAAGUUAAAAGCAGUACCUGCAGCAUACCUUCAAAGCCCUGUAAAUUUACCUGUAAACAGACAUUCACCAGUCCCAUAUUUUACGCAUCUCUAAUGGGGAUGGCAUCCAAUCCGCCCUUACCAUGA